GUAUUGGGAUGAAAUCCUUGGACCCAUUUGGGUCCUGGGUUCCUCCUGGUGCAUGACAAUGCCCAGCCUCAUGUGAUGAGAGUAUAUAAGCUACUGAGUACCAUUUUGAGUUGCUGCAAUGAAAUUUCAACAGAAUGGACUACCUUGCUGCAUAAAAAUCACUUUGAUUUUUGGGGUGUCUUUGAAUUCAGUCAUCUUUAGGUUAAUCAUUUUCAUUUCCAUCAAACGAUGGGGCAUCCUUACGUUCCUAACACAUUACCCAGUCCAUACUAGUAUAGAUAUCCAGCAUAAUAUGUUUCCCCAUUGA